CUUAUUUUCACAAGCAAAUUAACAAGUACCCAAGUCAUCAGCUCAGUCUCAAAACAUCGCAACAUGACAAGCAUCACCAGCGCCGUUAACACGCAGAAGUGGGGCAAGGAAACGGAAAAGCAGCUCGGCGCCGGAGACGACGAUACAUGGAGAAAGGACAUGCAUAUGGACACGAUCCCAUGGGAAUACGGCCGAUUUCGCGAGAUUCUAGAAAAGUAUAGUAAGAUCCCUCCGGACGAAGUGGAAGCAGAGAUCUUCAAGAUUCGAGACAAGGCUUGGGAAGUCGUCAAGUACCCCUGCAUCGGUUCUUUUACCUACCUGCGCCUCCUCGAAUUCAGCGAUGACGAGCCGGAAAUGCAAAAAGCUAUCGAGCGGCUCAAGGCGCCUGGUUCGCAGGAUACUUUCCUCGAAAUAGGGGGCUUCAUAUGCCAGACGAUUCGACGGCUCGCUUUCGAGGGCGUCGACUCGGCGCGCCUGUAUGGAACAGACCUACAUGCCGAGUUCCUCGAGUUGGGGUAUGAACAGUUCCGCGACCGUGAGACUUUGAAAGCGACCUUUGUCGCAGGAGACAUGCUGCUCCCUGAGGAAGAGUACGCGGUCAGCUCUCUAGCUAGAACGCUCGACGGGAAGAUGUCCAUCGUACAUGCGUCGAAUUUCUUCCACUUAUUUAGCUGGGAGUCGCAGUUGGUCAUCUGCGAGCGCAUUGUGCGUUUCUUUCGGCAGGAUUCCAGCGCAGAAAGUCCGGCUUUGUUGUUUGGGGUGCAUAUAGGCAGCGAUAAACCAGGCGAGGUGGAACAUUUCAGGAUAUUCCUGCAUGAUGAGACUACAUUCCAGUCGUUGUGGAACGAAGUAGGGAAAAGGACGGGUACGUCCUGGAAAGUGAGUUUGGAGUUUCCAGCUUUACCACGCCCAAAACCACAUGUUUUUAGUAAAGAUGCGAGAGUGGUGCGUUACGUCGUACGUCAGAUAGUGUAG